GGGGUCCUGGAGUGACAGUUUUGGUACUAUCAUGGGUGAUAACACUGUACACUUUAUGGCAAAUGGUAGAGAUGCAUGAGAUGGUGCCAGGUAAAAGAUUUGACAGAUAUCAUGAGUUAGGCCAAGAGGCUUUUGGUAAAAAACUUGGGCUGUGGAUUGUGGUUCCUCAGCAACUCAUGGUGGAAGUUGGAGUGAACAUUGUUUACAUGGUCACUGGUGGCAAAUCCCUUCAAAAGAUUUAUCAGACUGCUUGUCCUAAUUGCCAGAAUUUGAAGACAACCUAUUUCAUCAUGAUGUUCGGUGCCCUUCAGUUCGUCCUCUCCUUUUGUCCCAAUUUCAACUCCAUCACUAUUGUUUCCUUCCUUGCUGCUGUCAUGUCUCUCAGUUAUUCAACGAUAGGUUGGGGAGCAUCCGUACACAAAGGAAUAGCUCCAGAGGUUGAUUACAGUCCAAGGGCCUCAACAAGUACAGGAAGAGUGUUUGGUUUCUUGAGUGCUUUGGGGGAUGUUGCUUUUGCAUUUGCUGGUCACAAUGUGGUCUUGGAAAUUCAGGCUACUAUGCCUUCAACUCCUGGAAAACCAUCCAAGAAACCUAUGUGGAGAGGUGUCAUUAUCGCGUACAUCGUUGUGGCUCUGUGUUACCUUCCCGUGGCUUUUGUUGGAUACAGAGUUUUUGGAAAUAGCGUGGAGGACAACAUAUUGAUAUCCCUAGAGAAACCUGCUUGGCUUAUUAUCAUGGCUAACGCCUUUGUCGUCGUUCAUGUUAUUGGAAGCUAUCAGGUGUAUGCUAUGGGUGUGUUUGACAUGGUCGAAUCUUACUUGGUGAAGCAAAGAAACUUCACUCCAAGUUGGACGCUACGAUCCAUUGUUCGGACUAGUUAUGUUGCCCUAACAUUGUUCCUUGGGAUAACAUUCCCAUUCUUUGGUGGGCUACUUGGUUUCUUUGGAGGAUUUGCAUUUGCUCCUACUACCUACUUUCUUCCCUGUAUUAUAUGGCUAAUCCUCUGUAAACCUAAAAGAUUUGGGCUGUCUUGGUUCAUAAAUUGGAUAUGCAUAGUACUUGGUGUUCUUCUAAUGAUUUUAGCUCCCAUUGGUGCCUUGAGGCAGAUCAUACUGCAAGCCAAGGGUUACGAGUUCUAUUCUUGAUUUUAGGGUCCUCAUCACAAAAGUUUUUUAGUAUUUGUCAGGACGAUAUUUUUAAUGUCCAGCUAGCUCUAUUAAUAUUAAUAUGUUGCUGUAUUAGUAUUUGGUAUCAAACCAUCGUUCUUAGUGAAUUGGUUGAUAUUUGGAGCUCUUUUAAAAUAAGCUUCCAUUUAUUUGUAGAUAUAUAUGAUUACUUAUAUCAAGUAUCUCAGUGACUUAACUGUAAUCGUGGUUACU